CCCACUUCUCUGUUUCUCUUUUUCUUUCAUCUUUCUUCUUCUUCGUUUACUUACCCUAAAAAUACAGAAAAAACUUGUUUGUUUUUCUCUCUCCUCCAUCUUCGCAAGCAGCAGUAGCAACAACAACCAAAAAUAAAAGAUAUGGGCAAGAAAAAGUUUAUUGACAAGAAAAAAUCAGCAACAUUUCAAUUGCUUUCACGAGAUUCUUCUGAUCCUGUGUACAUUGAAGAGCCGGAAAAUGAUCGUGUUUUUGUUCGUGUCGAUAAUAAUCAUGUUUUGAUUGAUGGGAUAGAUGAAGGCCAUCAAUCAAAUUAUGAUGAUGCUCCUGAUUAUGGAGAUUGUGAAGAGUUUAGGGAUUCAGCACCUUUAUCAGAUAAAAUAAGAAGGGAGAUAUUGGAGCUUGGAUUCCCUGAUGAUGGUUAUAAUUAUUUAACUCAUUUGAGGGAGAUUCGGAAUACUGGUGGAGGCUCGUCUUAUUAUGAGAAUCCAAAGGCUAAUUUUCAGCUUCUUCCUCAUGAUGUCAAGGCAUAUGAUGCUUCAAGAGUAAGGGUAAGUGAAGCAAGUGAAGAUACAACUCCUCAAACAUUGUACGCUGUCGCAGAGAAAACUGUGAAUGUGAGAGUUCAGAAAGUUGUAGAUCCUGAAAUUGCUCAAUUGCUUGAAGAUAAUAAUUCAGAGUUUGGUUCUGAUAUUGAUGAUUUGGAGGAGGACUUUGUUGUCAUUGCCAAUCAUGAUGAAACAGGACAUGCAUAUGAACAGGACGUGCUGAAUGAAUCUGAUACUUGUAUCUCACAUGAAGUUCAAACCAAAGUAGCCAGUAAGUCCGUGGUGGAGGUUGUUGGAGGUAUCAAUGAAAAGCCUAGAUCUCAGCGUUUGCUAGACCAACAGUUUGAUAUGCUUGAAAGUCAAGAAUAUGGGUCGGAUAGCGAUGAUGAUUAUGAUGAAUAUGUAGCUGAAGAAAGUAUAUCACUUGCAGAGAAACUCAAUAAUGUUCUCAAGGAUCAUCAGGAUGAUGAUUUAGAGCUUGAUGAAAAUUACAAAGUUCCAGCUGAAAUACUUCGUCGUUGUGCUGAAUAUGCUGAGAAAUAUGAGGAUGAAGAUGGGGAUGAUAAAGAAGUGAUAAUAUUGGAAGAAAGUAGUGACGAGUCAGAAGUUUGGGAUUGUGAGACCAUUGUCUCUACUUACUCGAAUCUUGACAAUCACCCUGGAAGAAUUGGAGCUCCAGGAUUUACUAGAGAGAAAAGACUGGCUGACAAUUUUCCAGGGUUUCUGAAAAGUGAUUCUGACAAGAUUAUUUCCCUUGGAGGAAAGGGUGGGCUGCCGGUGGAUUACUUGCCUCAUGGAAAGAAGGAAUCUAAAGAGAAAGUGAAAGUAGUUGCCAAAACUGAGCAGCCGAAAAGAAAACCACAUGGUCAGGAGUCCAAGGAAGAGAAAAAAGAAAGAAAGGCUGCUGUAAAGGAGGCAAAGCGAGAGGCAAGACGUUUGAAGAAAGACUACAAGGAACUCUACCGCGAUGAAGCCAAACUUGCUCAGAAAGUUGCUGCUAUUUCUGGCCCAUCAUCUAUCCAUCUUAUGUAGGUAACAAGAAGUCCCCACUCAAAUCCGUUGAUUCCUUGCGUACACUAAUGAACACAUGGAUGCUAUUGCGGUAGAGUAACUAAGCCGAAUUAUCACUUGCAUCUUCCCACAUGACUUUCCUUGCUUUUCAUUCUUCAAUGAAUCUGAUAACGUGCUCUUGGUAAUUCAUGUUGGGAGUAGAGAAGCAGUUAUGUUUCUGGUUUGCUUCUCUGUUUUUGUUAAUCUAGGUUAUAUACUUGCCAGAUAUUGUUGUAUAUGUAAAGUUACUUGCUUACAAAUCAAAGAACUUUAUAUAUGUUUCUUUUGGCUCA